AUGCGUCUCUCGACGGCAUUCUCGUGUGCCUUUACGGCUCUACUAGCUGUACCUGCUAUGGCUGCACCCUUUGCCAUCACACCUGGAGAUGCAAACCACGUUAUUCUCACAGACAGUAAUACUGUCAACACUACAGAAUCGAUACAAGCAGAUGCAGUUACAGCCGCAGCAUCACGACCUCCGAUUAGCAUGUUAGCCGCCGCAGACUCUGACUUUAUCGAGCUAUCAUUUGUCAACAAGCUUGCCAGCUCAAACGUCAAGGCCUAUGUGACAGGGAGAGACAGCAACAAUGCUCUUGUCAUGUUACAUCCUGACGGCUCUUGGUACUAUCCUCCUGCAACGUCUGCAACAACACCGCAGCCUGUUACAGAGAAUGUCGCUAUUCCCCUAGGUGCACAAGGCUCGACUGUCAAGAUCACCCUUCCUGGUUACAUUAGCGCUGGUCGCAUCUGGUUCGCCGAUGGUAACCUUCAAUUCUUCACCGUCAACGCUGGAGGCAAUGUCGCCCUCGUCGAGCCUUCCGCUGUCAACCCGUCCGAUCCCUCGUCAGCAGUGAACUGGGGUUUCAUCGAGUUGACAUACCUCGAAUCAGCCAUCUACACCAACCUCAGUUAUGUUGACUUUGUUGGCCUGCCGUUGGGGCAGAAGUUGACUGCAUGCGACGGUACAGUUUUGCAAGCACGGGGUGUCCACACUCAAGCCGUCGAAGACAUCUGCGCCGAUCUCGAAGAACAAACCUGUAUCGACGGCUACCCAUGGGCCGACCUCUGCGCCAUCGACGCCACCUCCAACGCCCUCCGCGUCCUCGCACCCUACGACUACAUAUCACUUUACCCCAACGCCUUCUCAGACUACUGGACCUCCUACGUCAACGACGUAUGGGACCACUACAGAAACACUCCCUUGACAAUCGACACCCAAGUCUCGGCCGGCAGCGUCGCUUGCACAGUCACCGGCGACUACCUAAACUGCGCCGGCGACAAUCGCGCCUACGCCAAACCCUCCGCCGCCGACAUCUUCGGCUGCAAUGGUGGGCCUUUUGCCAUUCAGGCCAGCGAUAACGAUGUUCAUCGUGCUGUUGUGCCUCGUCUGUGUGCAGCCUUCCAUCGUUCUACCCUUUUGCUUUCGGGAGGAAACAUUCAACCCAUGUCUGAUGUUUCUGGCUACUACACCAAAAGUGGCAGAGCUUCAAACUGGUACAGCAAGUUUGUCCAUGACUACGAGGUCGAUGGCAAGGGCUAUGCUUUUGCGUAUGACGAUGUCACUCCCACUGGUGGAGUUGAUAUGGCUGGUCUGCUGUCUGUCGCUCAGCCCUCGCAACUUGAGGUCACUGUUGGCGGUGUUUAA